AUGACUUAUGGCUCCUCAAACUGGCAACGCUGGGUUCUCGACGAAGAAGCGUCGUUACCAAUCCUUGAGUAUGCGUACAAACGUGGCCUCAACACGUGGGACACUGAGAGACCAAUGACCCUUGAAAAGGCCGACGUUUACUCCAAUGGGGAGUCAGAGAAGAUCAUUGCAAAAGCCAUCAAGCAAUACAAGAUUCCGAGAGAGCGACUUGUCUUGCUCUCCAAAUGCUAUUUUGGCGUCGCGGAUGAAGGCGAGGGUCAGCCUAGAAUCGGGCAGAUGUCGACGAAUGAUGGUCCGCUAGUCAAUCGCAUGGGACUCAGCCGAAAACACAUCUUUGAUGCAGUUGACAAAAGCGUGAACCGUCUUGGAACUUACAUUGAUGUGCUGCAAAUCCACAGACUCGACCGUGAUACACCAAAGGAGGAGAUAAUGAAAGCGCUCAACGACGUGAUUGAAUCUGGCAAAGUGAGGUAUAUUGGUGCCAGUUCAAUGGCUACUUGGGAAUUCCAAUCUCUCCAGAAUAUCGCGGACAAACAUGGAUGGCAUAAGUUCAUAUCCAUGCAAAAUUACCAUAACCUACUUUAUCGCGAGGAGGAGCGAGAGAUGCUCCCGUACUGUCGAGCCACGGGUGUGGGUUGCAUUCCAUGGUCUCCUGUUGCGCGAGGCGUUCUUACACGACCUUGGGAUGAGAGGAGUUCCCAAAGAGAACAGUCGGACAACUUCCUGAAAUCCUUAAUUCGAUCACGAGAGACUGAAGUUGAUAAAGCGAUUGUCGAUCGGGUAGAAGAGGUAGCCAAAAAGAAGCGCAUUGGGAUGGCUCAGGUGGCGAUGGCAUGGUCGUUGAGAACACCUGGUGUCAAUCCUAUAGUGGGUUUGAGCAGCAAGGAAAGAAUCGAUCAAGCUGUGGAGACGCUGAAAGUACAGCUGACGGACGAGGAGGCCAAACAUUUGGAGGAGCCGUACUUGCCAAAGACCGCCCAGGGUUACUAG